AUGGCGUUCGACAAGAUCCAGGUCGCCAACCCCAUCGUCGAGAUGGACGGUGACGAGAUGACACGAAUUAUAUGGAAAUGGAUCAAAGAUAAGCUUAUAUUUCCUUUCCUGGACUUGGAUAUAAAAUACUUUGACUUAGGUCUACCUAACCGUGAUGCUACUGGGGAUAAAGUAACGAUAGAAAGUGCAGAAGCUACCCUAAAGUAUAACGUGGCCAUCAAAUGCGCAACUGUCACCCCAGAUGAAGGACGCGUAAAAGAGUUUAAUUUAAAAGCUAUGUGGAGGAGUCCAAAUGGGACAAUAAGGAACAUCUUAAAUGGAACUGUUUUCCGAGAACCAAUCAUCUGCAAGAAUGUUCCUCGGCUUGUGCCUGGAUGGACAAAACCCAUAUGCAUUGGCAGACAUGCUUUUGGUGAUCAAUACCGAGCAACAGAUACAAUCAUUAGAGGGCCAGGGAAGCUCAAGUUGAUAUUUGAUGGCAUAGAGGAACAAAUAGAGUUGGAUGUGUUCAACUUUAGUGGUGCUGGUGGAGUAGCAUUGUCUAUGUAUAACACUGAUGAGUCAAUUCGGGCAUUUGCUGAAGCUUCGAUGAAUGUGGCUUACCAGAAAAGAUGGCCACUUUAUCUUAGUACCAAGAACACAAUCCUGAAAAAAUAUGACGGAAGGUUUAAAGACAUAUUCCAAGAAAACUAUGAAACAAAUUGGAGAGGCAGGUUUGAGGAUGCAGGAAUAUGGUAUGAACAUAGACUGAUCGAUGAUAUGGUGGCUUAUGCCCUAAAGAGUGAAGGUGGCUAUGUUUGGGCUUGCAAGAAUUAUGAUGGAGAUGUGCAGAGCGAUCUAGUUGCUCAAGGUUUCGGAUCGUUAGGUCUCAUGACAUCGGUUCUGGUGUGCCCUGACGGUAGAACAGUUGAAGCUGAAGCUGCACACGGUACAGUCACACGACAUUACAGAGUCCACCAAAAAGGAGGCGAAACUAGCACAAACAGCAUUGCGUCAAUCUUUGCGUGGUCUACUGGAUUAGCACAUAGGGCAAGGCUCGAUGACAACAAAAGACUGUUGGAUUUCACACAAAAACUUGAAGCUGCUUGUGUGGGAACAGUGGAAUCUGGAAAGAUGACAAAGGAUCUAGCUCUUCUCAUACACGGACCAACUGUUAGCCGUGAUAAGUAUCUGAACACCAUGGAGUUCAUUGAUGCGGUUGCUGAGGAGUUAAGGACAAGAUUGUCCGCAAAAUCAAAGUUAUGGGCAAGGGACUUGUUAGGAUCCUAUAAUACAAGGUUUACGUUUGUACUACGAUAA